AUGAGCAACAGUUUGUUUCUCAAGUUCUUGGGAAAAGCCCCUCCGUUGGAGGUGGUCCGGAGGUUGCUUCUGGAAAUGUGGAGAGGGAUGGGUCCGUUCACUGUGUCGGACAUGUCAAAUGGGUUUUUUCUCAUCCAUUGUGACAAGCCGGAGAUGGUGGAGUCGGUGCUCUGGGAGGGACCCUGGACAAUUGGUGGAAUGGUGUUGCAACUUACUCCUUGGAAGAAUCACUUUCAACCAGCGUUUGAGAAACUACAUCUGGCGGCGGUGUGGGUGCAACUUCAUCAUCUUCCAAUUGAAUACUGGGCUGCGGAGAUCUUGGAGCUUGUGGGAGAACAGUUCGGUAGGCUUUUGAAGGUCGAUGAUCACAUUGAAAAAAAAAUCUCUCGAGCAAAGUUUGCUCGCAUUUGUGUGGAAAUAGAUUUGUCCAAGCCAUUAAAACGGGGGUUUUGGAUUGGGGAUGAGGAGCAUCGUAGCAUGGUGGCUGUGGUGUAUGAAAAACUUCCAGUCUUUUGCUUUAAGUAUGGUCUUAUCGGUCAUGGAGAGGAUGUUUGCUCAACUGAUAUUUCUCGUUCCCCUGGAGGAGGUCAUGGGAAUGGGAUACUGGAGGAUGCGUCUCUUCAGGAUCAGCUGCACAUGCAAGUGGAUGUGGAUGUGGAAGAGGGGGAGGCGCUCCGAUCUCUUCUUGCUGCGGAAGGAAAAGAUUGUCCCAAGGAAGCUGAGAUGGCGAAGGAGGAUGACGGACAGUAUGGACCGUGGAUGGUGGUGCAACGCCGGCGGGGGAGGGGAAACAGCCAGUUUACUGGUUCGGACCGUAAGGGAGAGGAGGGAGCACAGGGUGACGCCACAUGGAAGGGACACCUGAGUAGCGAGCGCCAAAUGUCCUCUGUUGGUCGACAUGUGUCUACCAGCUCUGGGGUUCGGUCUAAUCGAGGGGGAAGCCGUUCGAUGCGUGGGGGCCAUGCUUCUAGGCAUAGGGAUGAUGCUCUCCUCGGGAUGGAUCAAAUGUCAGAGGAACGGGCUCCGGAGUCGAAUCUUGAUCUACCCGUUGGUGUCCCUACGGAUCCUGGGAACGGUAGGGUUCCUGCUGGGGAGGCUGUUAGGACCCUGGACCAAGCGGAGAUUCGAGUGGAGUCUGACUAUUUGGAGAUCCAAAAAAGAAGAGACAAAGGGAAGAAUAUUAUGGAAGAGCCUCUCCUUUCACAACCUAUCUUAAUCUCCUCUUUUGGGCUGCGGCUUGAAGGAGGGGACAGAUAUGUGUCUCCGGGGAGUCAUGGGUUAAGAAGGAAAGAUUCUUGCCAUAAUAACCUUAUGGAUCGUAUACUAGAUGCUCUUCAAAAGCCUGAAUCAGUCGGUGUGGUGGCUGGAGAGACGGAUAACUCAAGUGAUAGGGUGGAAUCUGAUAAGGAUAUGACCUUGGUUCAGUACCAGAAGGAAGCUAAAGCUGAGGCGGUAGCUAAGAGAGGAGCCGUGCGUGCAGCCUCGAAAGCCAAGAAAGGGAGAAAUAGCUCAUAUUAA